UUACCACUUGCAGCUAAUUUUCUUGGAAGUCUUUUGCGCUUGAAAAGUAACAAGUCUGAUUGGUUGGCGAUCAGAGACAAUGACGUUUUCAAUGCACCAGAAGAAAAUCCAAACAAAAUAAUUCAGAUUUUGAAAUUGAGCUAUGACAACUUACCCUCCCAUUUGAAGCGGUGUUUCUCAUAUUGCUGCUUAUUUCCCAAAGAUUGGAGAUAUCGUAGAGAAACACUAAUUCACUUGUGGAUGGCUGAAGGAUUCAUUCAUCCGGCAAAUGCAGGCAGAACUCGGAACUCAGCGGAAGAUACUGGUAACCAUUACUUCUAUAGUUUGUUAUCAAAUUCUUUUUUUCAAGAUGUGAAAUAUGACAAGCUAGGUGAUGUUAAUGAAUUCAAAAUGCAUGAUUUAGUACAUGAUCUUGCACAAAGUGUCGUUGACAGUAAUGAAGUCGCGAUUCUGAAAGCAAGUGAAAUGGAAAAAGAUGGAGCAUGUGAUAUUCGUCGUCUACAGUUAAUUAUAGGAGGAGUACUCAAAACAGAUGUUAAUCCCUUGAACAACGCGAAAAAGCUGCGAACAGUUUUCUGCCAGGAAAAUGCUGCUAAUCUGUAUAGGAGUCCAGUUAAUAACAAGCACUUGCGUGUUAUAUAUUCGCUUUCUAGUUCUUCUCCAAAGCCCUAUUCGCUUUUCAGUAAAGAUAAUGAUAUACAAGAAGAAAGUCCAUCUUCCAGUUUCGAGUUCAUACACUUGAGGUACCUUGACCUCAGCAGGCUCAGCUAUUCCAGAAUUACAAAUGCUCAAGUUGAUUCCAUCAGCCAACUCUACAACCUGCAGACGCUCAAUCUUCACCAAUGCAAAAAUGUUGGCAACAUUCUUGAAGGAAUUGCUUCUUUGAAAAGUCUGCGGCAUCUUAAUCUCUCUUAUUCAGAUGUUAAAGUGUUACCUGAUUCUAUCGUUAGCCUCACCAAUUUGCAGACUUUGGAUAUCAGUCAUUGUAGUCGUAUUCGUGUCUUACCUCCAAAUAUCGGGUCUCUCCAGAACCUGGUAUCCUUUGAUUUUCGGGAUACCCAAAAUCUCCAAAAAUUACCCGAUAGUUUUGGAGAACUGACAAAAUUGAAGUCACUUGAUUUGGAAGAUACUUAUUUCAGAGAACUGCCCGAGUCUUUGACUAGCAACCUCUGUAAAUUUGAGUUUGUAAACUUGGGGGAUCAGUGCUGCUUUCCAGAAGACAUCAAGAAUUGGGUGGAACUGAGAAGUCUGGUUCACUCCUAUGGAUUGAAGGACUUCGGCGAAGACUCCGACAAGUAUAAGUAUCAAAUAAUGCCCACGGGAAUAGAAAUGCUAACUCGCCUGGAAGUAUUAGAUUCUUACGUUGUUAGGAAUAAAAAGCACUACACCGGAACAACCAUUGGCUCUAGUGGGAUUGAAGAUCUAGCAGCGCUAAACUCUCUUCGGGAGUUGACUAUAAAAUUUCUUGACAAUGUGAGAGGUAAAAUGGAUGCCGAGAGGGCAAAGUUAAAAGACAAGCACAACAUUCAAAAAUUGUAUCUUAAAUGGGUACACAAAGAUGAAGAAGAAGAAUGGAUACUAGAAGAAGAAGAAGAAGUUGCUUACAAUUCUUGUAUGGUGUUGGAAGGUCUACAGCCGCACCCUCAUUUAGAAUUGUUGUCGCUACAAUAUUUCGUUGGUGUAAAGCUUCCAAAGUGGAUGGGUUCCUCUUCUUGCCUUCCGAAUUUGGUGGAAUUAUAUUUCGAGGAUUGCCAGAGUUGUGAGAAGCUUCCAGCUCUGGGUAUGCUUCCAUGUCUUAAGGUACUUCACAUGCAACGAAUGAAAUCAGUGAAAUGUUUGGGUGAAGAAUUUUACUACCAACAACAAGAGCAAGAAGGAGAAAGCAGUAUAACGACAUUGUUCCCUUCGCUAAUUCAAUUGAAAAUUGAGUUGCUGAAUUAUUUAGAAGAAUGGGUUGCUCCAACUUGCAAUGCCUUCCCCGUACUCGAGGAUCUAUCUAUCCGGGGAUGCAUGAGACUGAAAUCUAUACCAGAUUUACGAUUAUGCACUUGUCUCCGGAGAGUAGAUAUAAUGUACUGCAACAAAUUGAAGGAGUCGAUACCUUAUGAUCUGAAGAACCUCACCUUUCUUAAACAUCUUAGAGUUGAUUUUGAUCUGAUAAUUGAUGAUUCUGCAGAACUGAUUAGUUCUCUUAAAAAUAAGGGAGGUGGAUGUGUUACCAUGUAGUUUCGUAGCAGUUGGAUCAAUCUGACUUCGAUAUAUGCCGAGGGUAAAUAAUGAUUGGUGGUGGUUGUGGUUCCGACCUAGUUGGGAUGGCAGCAUCAUUUUGCAUUGUUGUGCCGGUUGGCCUUUGUGUUCUUUGGAAUUGACCAUGUUCUUAUUUGGGUCGCGAACACCUUUGAAAUUCUUUAGAAACUGCCAUGAACAAUUGAAGAUGAAUAAACUAUGAAAUCUUAUACCAUUGUGUAUUCUGUAAAGUUGGAAUAUCGCUCAUUACUGUGGGUAUAGAUCCAAUUAGGGGUGUAAAUUUUAUGUAUAUUCUACCACAGUUGGGUAAUGAGGCCCAAAGCCGUCGAGCUUCAUCUGCAGUUCUGCACGUAGUAAUAUACUGUC